ACAGGGCUACAGCAGCAAACAGCUAAGAAAAAAAUGGGUUAGCAGCAACUGCCAUAUCUAUUUACCUUCAGCUUACCACGCUCUGUCAGCUGGCCGACUAAAAAAAUUCCCAGACAGCCCACGUUUUCUCGUUCGAAAAUUGUUGCCAACAUUUAUCCACAUUUUAUUUCAUCCAAUUGUUUGUUACCGGCGGUGACAUAUUUACUACUGGAUCCCAUAGAUUGAGAGGGUUUUAUGCAUUCCGACUGCACUCGUGCCAAAAGUCCCAAAACAACAUGAACUAACCAGCUGAAAUAAAGCUCAAGCUCAGAUAAUCAUGGCGGAAAAAGGGAGCACCAAAAGGAAAACUUUCGGCCGCAGCGCCUCCACUGAAAGCACCGAGUAUUCCUUAAGUAUGGGAAGAUCGGUGAGAAAGAAGAAGCCGAAAGAACGAUGGCUAUUGACGAGGAAGACUUGGAAGUACAUGGCGGAUGCUGGCCGGAAACUCAUCCCAGAUGGGGCACGAAACUGUGUCGAGGACAUCCCGAAGAUCGAGGCGCAUUUCCAGGAGCUCUGCAGAAAAGAACCCAAAUUUCUGCUCUGGAGGAAAAACUCCUAUCCAGGAGCCAUCGGCUUCAGGAAAAAACGCAAGCGUGCCUCUAGGAAAGGAGGCAGCUGCAGAAAGGCCAUAUCGGAGGCAGAAGUUGACUUUCUAAAACCAGAGCGUCCAAAGGACUUGCUGUUGGAGCCCAAAAAUCAAGGCAAGUUUGACUUGAAGAAAAUGCGCGAAGACUUUUUGAGCACCCCAACUCCCACAGACGACAACGAGUUAAGCACUAUUCCGUCCGCAUCUUCGCCACCCCAGCAGGAAAUCGAACUAGUCGCAAUGUUGGAACAGUACUUGAAGCUAGCAGAUACUCCUUCCGCGUCUAGGACUGCAGCUGGGGACUUUAACUACGAAGAACUAGUGAAGAGACUGCAGAAGCAUCUGAGUUUGGCUUCAAGCCGCACGAGCUCACCCUCAGGGCGUUCUAGUGGGGACGCCCAUCUGUCCCCCAAUGUUUCCCCAUAUUCCAGCCACCAAUCCUUGCAUAAACCCCAUGUGAGUUUCCAAGGGGACAGCGUGCAAAGGACUCUAACUGAUACACUCUCCAGAUACUUUGGACACUACACAAACAGAGACAAGGUGAUUUCUGACUUGCUCACAGACAGAAAGGCGCUGGAAAAGCUCUACUUCGACCUGAGGAAGGCCAAGGGCUUCAGAGGCAGCAGAGGAGGCACUGGAUAUUCCAGCAGUGGCUUCGAUUCGCCUUCCAGAAGAUAUGAUGGAUACAGCGGAUAUUCUAGAGACAAAAAAAGUGACGGCUUUUACUCCAGGCAUCCUCCUCCAUUGAUAGAGAUCGAAGCUGAAACCAUAGAAAUCACUUAUAGAGAUUGGGGAACGCAAACCUACCCAGUGCCAGAAGGGGUGCUUGCUGAAUGCGAGAAGGAGUUUAGGAAAAAACAGGCAGAAGAAGAGGAGGAAAAUCGGGAGAAGGAGUACGGUAUCAGAAGAAGAUCCAGCGUCGACAAUGACGAUGUCUCUCAAAGCGUCUCGGACACCAUUAAACGGUACCUGAGAAUGGCCAGGAAGAAGAGCGUGGACUCUGAAAAAGCGGUGGGGUUCAAGCGAGUCAACUACGACAGGAAUCUGCGCAACAUUAAGGCAAAGGGCGAAAUAACCAAGCCAGGGGAUGAUGAUGGCUUGAACAAGGGCUGCCAGACCAACGAUGAAUGGAUUCUCACUUAUCGGGACCUAAAAAUGGCAGAUGUUUACGACAUUUCGGACGAUAGCAGAGUGUCCAGUGCUCGCAGUAGUAUUGAUAUCGAUGUCUUUGAACGAGAUGGAGUUAAGAGCAGUCCGAGCAGUCCUCCUAGUGUUAAAUCGGGCAGUCAUGGCUUUUUAAGCCACUUGCUGCAUGGUAGCAAGCACGAGCAUAAGGAAAAAGCAGUAACGGCCACGGCUAUGCAGAAAAGCAAGUCGUCCUCCAGUGUUAUGCAACAGGGCAGCAUGGUAGCAAAGAAGAUUUUCCGGUCACGAUCUAAGAGUCAGACCAGACCUGCCCAAACGCCCUGUACUUGGACCAAUCGGGUAAGAAAGCCGGGUUUAUCGAUAGAUUGAUUAAAAAGCCUAAUU